AUCUGCGUCCGCUUUUGUCUUGCUGGCUGCGGAGCGAGUGAUACGUUGUAGAUUCAGCGGUUGGACCUGGCUUUGAAGGGGAGCCUUACAAUUGUGUUAAGAACUCCCAAUAUUCCAGCCAGGGUUUCUGCCUGAACUGAAAUUGUAGCCACAAAACAUCUGGAGGUUAUAAAUUAUAAGUUUCAGGUUAACUGUGUUUGAGAAAAAUGGGCUAUGACAUGGAUCGCUUUGUUGGUCAUGUCAAUGAAGGGCUGAUCUGUUGCAUUUGCCGAGGUGUGCUCCAAGAUCCUCUGCAAGCUCCUUGCGAACAUGCCUUCUGCACUUCCUGCAUCUAUAGAUGGCUCCUUCAACACAACAGUUGCCCAGAGGAUCGCCAGUCUCUUGAUUUGUCUGUCCUUCGACCACUGUACAGGUACAUGAGGAAUGAUCUUAAUCAACUUCAGCUUCACUGCACAAACAAAGACCGUGGCUGUGAAAUUGUGUGCUCACUAGAAUCCAUUGACAGUCAUGAAUGCGACUGUGAAUACAGCCAGAUACCCUGUCCAAAUAAUGCUUGUCCAGUCCAAGUUGAACGGCGUAACUUAUAUAGUCAUGUGGCAUCGUGUGAAUUUCGUGCUCAUGAAUGCCCCAAUGGCUGUGGAUAUAUCAUUCUUGGUCCUGAUGAUGCCCAGCACAACUGUGUGGCAGAACUGAGAACUGAACUAGAGUUACUCAGUACUGUCAAAAUAGCUAUGCCACAGAAAGCACAACUUCCGGUUGACUCACAGAGCCAGGAGGCUUCUUUGAGAGAGCUCAAAGAAUUUAUAAAAGAAGCCAUAAAUAAACAAAUGGACAACCUAACAGUAAUUAUGGAUGGGAAAUUGAAACAAUUUACAGAGGAUAUAAAUGCAAUGUUAACAGAUGUUGUGGAAGAAAAGCAUAAUGAAAUAGAUGAUAUCAUUCUAGCAGCCUCAGGGCUGACAAAACAUCUUGUUCAGCUGGAGGAAAGAGUAGAAGAGAUUAAUGAUGCCAAUUUGAAUUUGGAAAAUAAAGUAGGAGAAAUGAUGACUAAAACAGAGGAGGUGGAUGAUGAACUUGUUAUGUUACAAUAUAGAUCCAUGGAAUUUGCUUUGAGACUGAGAGGUUUGAAAGAAAAUAGCCAUGAAAAUUUAAAGGAUAUCUGUGCUAAUGCUAUAGCAGAGAUAAUUAAAGAAAGAUCAGAAGAUGUGGCAAUUCAAAUUGACAAAAUUUAUAGGGUCAAUUCCUGGAUGGCAAGACAAAGGCAGCUACCAAGAGAUGUGGUGAUCUAUUUUACAACCAGGAGGAUUAGAAAUGAUAUUUUACAAGCUUCAUACAAGAAUAAGAUUCAAGUGGAUGGACAAGAAUUAGUGGUUUUGAAAGAGAUUCCUCCUAAAAUGCUAAGAGCUAGAAAGGACUUUGGUUUCUUGGUAAAUGAACUGAGAAACCAGCAAGUCCAGUACAGAUGGGACAUCCCAAAGGGUCUAAUAGUGACUUAUGGUGGACAAAGACACCGUUUAAAUACAGUAUGGAAGGCAAAAGAUUUUUAUGUCAACGUACUAAAGGCUGGAUAUCCACCUUCACCAGGAGGGGGCAGAAAGAAAAUGGAGAUGAUACAACAAGAGAAAGAUGGAAAGCAGAUACAAACUUAUGCUGAAGCUGCAGCUGGAGGAAUCACCACGGAAGAAGAUUUAUUGCAAUCUGGGGGCCCAUCCCCAACUCUUGAACCAUCCAAGAAGAUAGAGGAACCAAGAGAACAACGAAUGACACGAGCAACCUACAAACGUCAAGAGCAACAACUAAAAGUGCAACAAUCUCAAGUCUCAUCUCAAGAAUUCAAAAAAACAGAAGCAGUGGGAGGAGCUAGGCCGAAGAGUAAGAUGGAGCACGAACUUCAGCUGUGGCUUUCGAAGCUUCGAGGAGCCAAAGAUGGCAACUAAAUUCCUAUCCUGGAAUGUUAAUGGCUUAAAUUCGCCACAAAAAAGAAGGAAAGUAUUUCACUAUUUGAAACAAUUUAAGAAUGACGUUAUUUGUUUGCAGGAAACACAUAUUAGAUUAUCAGACCAAAAAUAUUUGAUAAAUUCAAGAUUAGGUGCACACUUUGUGGCAUCAGCAACAGAGAAGAAAAAUGGAUUAGUUAUAUAUGUGAAGAAAGGACUAUCCGCUAAUUUAAUCGAGGCAGACACUCAAGGUAGAUAUAUUGCAACUGAAUUAUUAAAUGACUGGAAAAAUACUUUUAAUUGGGAUAUAUGCACCCAAUCAACAACAAGACAAAUUUUAUAAAUUUUUACAUACCAAAAUAAUACAAUGGGAUUACAAAUCUUUUAUAUUAAUGGGUGAUUGGAAUGCAGUAAUAGACACACAGAAAGACAAAAAAAGCUUGUCCAAGAUUUCAACACGUGCGAAAUUACCUAAAUCCUUUUUUGAUAUGAUGGAAGAUAUGGAACUGAGAGAUAUUUGGAGAGAACGGAAUGCUGAGGAAAGAGAUUUUACUUUUUUCUCGGACAGACAUCAAUCUUUCUCUAGGAUUGAUUUUAUAUUAAUCACUAAUGAUCUUUUUUCUAGGGUGAAGAAGACGAAGAUAUGUCCAAGAACCUUAACUGAUCAUAGCCCGGUCUGGGUGGAAUUGGUACAGGAGAGGGGAGAAAGGAGGUCUUGGAGGUUAAAUGAAAAUUUAUUUAGAUAUGAAGAAAAUGUGAUUGAGCUUAAAAAACAAAUGAAAGAUUUUUUUUGCUAUGAAUAUGUAUAAGGGCACCUCUAUGGAAAUGGUAUGGGAUGCAAGUAAGGCCUAUAUGAGGGGAACUUUAAUACAUAUGAAUAAUAAAUAUAGAUUAAAACAACAAAAGAAGCGGAAAGAGAUAGAGGAGGAAAUAAAAAAGAAAGAACAAUUACUUAUAACUAAUCCAGGAGAUAAGAAAGUUAAAGAAACAAUAAACAUACUACGAGAGCAAUUUAAUAUGUUAAUGGCUGACCAGGUGGCAACUAAUUUAUAAUACGCUAAGCAUAAUACAUUUUGUAAUGCCAAUAAACCAGGUAGGUGGUUGACUUAUGCGUUGAGGAAAAAACAGAAAUCACGAGUUAUAGGGAAGAUAGAAUUUAGAGGUAAGGAAGUUUAUCAACAGAACAUGAUCAAAAAAGCUUUUUUAGAAUUUUAUACAAAGUUAUAUGCUAGUGAUUCAAUUCAAGAUAUAGAUAUAGAUAGAUAUUUAAGGGAAGAGAAUAUUCCAGCAUUAACGUUGGAACAGAGGGAAGGAUUGAAUCAACCAAUAACCUCUGAGUAGAUUAUUGCAGUAAUCAAACAGUUAAAAACAGGCAAGGCCCCGGGAACUGAUGGAUUAACAGCUGUUUAUUACAAGAAUUUACAGUUUGAAAUGGUAGAACCGCUUAGAGCUUUAUUUUGUAAAAUUCAAUCAGGGGGAGGAGUUCCACCCUCUUGGAGAACAGCUUUUGUUUCAUUAAUCCCGAAGGAAGAUCAAAAUUGUACCAAACCUGAAAAUUUUAGGCCAAUAUCACUACUUAACACUGAUUACAAAAUUUUUGCUAAGAUAUUAGCGAAUAGAUUAAUGCCAGUUAUACAACAAACAGUUCAUAAGGAUCAAUCAGGGUUUAUAAAAGGGAGGCAAAUGAAAUAUAAUGUUAGACAAAUCGUAAACUUAUUGGAAUACUUGGAAAAAAAUAACCAAGUCCCUGCAGCGUUUAUAUUUUUGGAUGCAGAGAAGGCAUUUGAUUGACUGAAUUGGCAAUUUUUGUUUAAGAUAAUAGAAAAAAUGCAUUUUGGAGAGUAUUUUAUACAAUCAAUUAGAGCGAUAUAUCAGGAACAAACAGCACAAAUAAUAGUUAAUGGAGGUUUAACAGAUGUUUUUAAAAUUGAGAAAGGAACAAGGCAGGGUUGCCCUUUGUCUCCAUUGUUGUUCAUUUUAACUCUAGAAGUUUUAUUGAAUAAGAUACGUGGAUCUGAUAAACUAAAGGGAAUUGUAAUUAGACAACAAGAGUAUAGGUUAAGAGCGUUUACAGAUGACUUGGUUGUUACUUUAUCUCGACCUAUAGAAUCGUCGCCACAUAUGUUGAAUAUAAUAGCUCAAUAGGGUAAGGUAUCUGGAUUUAGAGUAAAUCAACAUAAGACAAAGAUGAUAACCAAAAAUAUGUCUAUGUCUCAAAGAGAAGACUUGGGAAGAAUAACGGGAUUUGAAAUAGUUAAAAAGGUCAAAUAUUUACGAGUAUAUAUUGCAGCCUCUAAUACAAAAUUAUUUAAAAACAAUUAUGAAGUUCUUUGGCAAAAAGUGCAGAAAGAAAUGGAAAAUUGGAAAAAGUUACAAUUAUUUUUACUGGGAAGGAUAGCAGUAAUAAAAAUGAAUGUAUUACCUAGGUUUUUAUUUUUGUUUCAAAUGAUGCCAGUGCUUAAGAAAGAUGGAAACCUGAGGGAGUGGCAGAAAGGGGUUAAUACUUUUAUUUGGGGUGGGAAAAAACCAAGAAUAAAAUUGAAAAUUAUACAGGAUGUACGUGAAAGAGGAGGUCUUAAAAUGCCUAAUCUAAGAUUGUAUUAUGAAGCAGCUGUCUUAUCUCAAAUUAGUGAUUGGUUUAAUUUAACUGAAGAGAGAAUGUUAAAUAUAGAAGAUUAUGAUUUGUUA